CAGACUAUGAUAAAGCCAUGGAGUGCCAAGGACAAGAGAUAGAUGGAGCGCCAGUGUCCAUGGAGAAAGCUAAGGCAAAGAAAAAGGAAAGCAAGUCUGAACUUCAUCUCAACAAAGAUGAAAAAACCCUGUUUGUUAAGAAUCUACCUGAAAAUUGCACGAAAGAGGAGCUUAAAGAACUUUUCCCUGGUGCCGUAGAAAUCCGUAUUCCUGUGGAUAGAGUAACUGGGGAUCAGAAGAGGUUUGGCUUCAUUGACUUAAGCUCAGCUGCAGAAGUUAAAGAAGCAGUAAAAGAUAAGCAAGGGUCUGAGCUUAAUGGUAGUGCCCUCUUCUUGGAUACCAUGGGAGGCAAGAAGGAUGGCACCCCCAAGAAGGGAGCAAGAACUGGUGGUGAACAAAGCAACACAUUGUUUGUGAGGAACUUGAGCUAUGACACAACUCCAGAGAGUUUAAAGGAAGCCUUUGAGAGCUGUGUAGAUGCAAGGGUAUCCACAGAUAGAGAAACUGGCAAACCUAAAGGGUUUGGUUUUAUUGACUUUGCUAGUCCUGAAGAUGCCAAGACCGCUCUGGAUGAAAACAAUGGUAUUGAGGUAGAUGGAAGAGCGGUGACUUUGGACUUUGCUACCCCUAAGGGUGGUGAUAGACGAAGUGGGAGUUUCGGUGGCGGAAGAGGGGGGCAAGGUGGCCGUGGAGGUAGAGGUGGUGAACAAAGCAACACAUUGUUUGUGAAGAACUUGAACUUUGACACAACUCCAGAUAGUUUAAAGGGAGCCUUUGAGAGCUGUGUAGAUGCACGAAUAUCAACAGAUAGAGACACAGGCAAGCCUAAAGGGUUUGGUUUCAUUGAGUUUGCUAGUCCUGAAGAUGCCAAGACAGCUAUGGAUGAAAACAAUG